CAUGGUAAAUGCUAAGAUGGCUGACGAAAAUUCUAAAUAAUUUUUUCUAACAACGUUUUAUAGAAAAAAUGUCUAAACUAGCAACAACAACCGAUACGAAUUUACAACCGACAUUGGGUAAAUGGGUCUGGAAAGAAGAAACAAAUACUUUAGAGUUCGUCAGUCUGCACCCAGAUAAUAAAGACAAGAGAAGAAAGAACAAGGGUCAUCAUGAUAAAAAUAGACUUGAUAGAGUCGUGUCAAGUGGGGCAAGAAACCUUGGAGGUGGUAAAGUUCGAGGUCCAGCCAGGUUAACAAAUGCAAAAUCUCCCAAAGCCAACAGACGAGAUGUAGAAAAUGAUAAAGUUAUGUUAGAAGAUAUUAAACGGGUAGCACAUGGUAUGAUGUCAGAGGUUGAUAUAAUACCUGAUUCUUUUAAUAUGUUAAAUGGUUUUGGACCUGAUCUAUUGGCGAGAUGUUCUUAAGACUAGUGUCGUAUUUGGCAGUAUGAUGUUCUUACUUCUUUCUCUUGCCUUCUUCUCCGUAUUAAGUGUGGUGGCCUACCUGUCACUAGCAGUUCUCACAGUCACGCUCAGUUUCAGAGUCUACAAAAACAUUAUGGGCGCAGUGCAAAAGAGCGGUGAAGGUCAUCCUUUUAAACAAUAUCUAGAGGCAGAUUUGGAACUACCAGAAGAUAAGGUGAAGCCUGCUGUAGAAAAUGUCUUACGUCAUGUGAACUGUACAGCCAAGGAAGUUAGACGAUUGUUUCUUAUUGAAGAUUUAGUCGACAGCAUCAAGUUUGGAAUACUUCUGUGGUUGUUGACAUAUAUUGGAUCAUGGUUUAAUGGCAUGACAUUAAUUAUUCUAGCUGUUGAAGCAGUUUUCACUUUACCUAAGAUCUAUGAGAAACACAAGGUUCAGAUUGAUAAUUACGUGGGUUUGGCUACCACAGAGAUUAAUAAAGUCUUGUCACAAGUUCAGGCUAAGGUACCCUUUUUGAAGAAGAAAGCAAAGACUCAGUGAGAAGUGGAAAAACAAGUUCUAGAAAACGUAAAACUCGAGAUGUCACACAAUGCUUCAUGUAUCGUCAGCACAACAGUCUUCAAUAAAACUUUAUACAAAAAAAAAAUAUAUAUAUAUAAUAAAUAGGACUAAUUUGCUGUUUGCCUUAUUGCCACCUUUAUUUGAUAAAAAAAAAAGGAAAGUUUUUUUUAUUUUAUCGCAUAGUUUGGUAUAUCAGCGAAUCUCCCACCUAAACGAAACUUGAAUAUGGUUGUAUUGAUGAGACUGGAUAUGAAAGAAAGCUUUGAAUAUUAAUUAUUUAACGAUAGAGGCAAAAAAAUAAACUUUGAAAUUGUUGGAAAAAAAGUUAAAGUGUUGUGUGGCCGGUAGUUGAUGAGAAAAAAAAAAUGUUAUAAAAUGUCUGGACAUUUAAUUUGAAUUUAUAAGAUUUGAUGCUUUUUAACUAUUAAAUUGAGUAUUAUGUAUUAAACAUCAUCUGUAAUUCGUAUGUAUAUGUAUUGCAUUUUGCUGCAUCCUCAUUAUUCAUUCAGUGUGUUUUAAGAUUUCGGUUGCAGUUUAGUUAUUUCGUUAUUAAAAUCUUAAAUUAGAACUUCCAUAGUGGUUGAGAAUUGUUUUUUGUUUCUGAUCUCAGUGACUGAAGAAUAUACUCUUACAUAUUGUUUUGGGUUUUUUUUCUCAAAAUUCUUCGAUUUUGUUUGUGGUCCUUUUAGUUCUUUUAUAAAUAUAAAAGUUUGGACUUGAUUAGAUGUGUUCCUGUUAAACAGGGACAGAACGGAACUGACUUCAUAGGAAGUUGAUUUUCUUAUUUUAAAUUUAUGGCUGUGUAGGGUGAGACUAUUUGUGAUAUAAUUAUUAUUCAAUUCAGUUCAGUUAAUAUUAGCUUUACGUAAUAUCAAUGCAAUAUUUAGUUCGAUGCCAUGUAUUAUUACUAUUCCUAGAGUUAACACCCUUUUUUUAUAUUCGGUGCAUUUAUCAUCAUAUUAAAUGAUUAAGUUCGCAUGAAAAAAAUGAGUUUAAUUCAAUUUUUUUUUUACAAUUCUUCCAAGAUGAAAUAAAGAUUGCUUAGAAAUUAAUAAGACACUCAUUUGCAAGAAAAUAUAAAAAUGGAUUUUUUAAAAAAGAUUACUAGACCGAUCUCCUAAAUUGUACAUUAAUUAGUGGAGCUAUAUUAAUUGUAUAAACAAAGUUUAUAAUUAGAGACUAUAUCCUGUAAAUGUUUAGAAAUUAUUUGACUUGUUUUUUAAACUAACAACUGAUGAAAAUUUUACAUAGAAUAUUGUAAACUUCACGUAUCUGAUUCACUGUGUAUAUAUGAUAUGAUAUGCUUAUAUGACAGGAGAUUAAUUAAUUAAUUUAAUUUAAAUAUUUUUUUUUUUAAAUUUAGAUUUCUAAUAUGUAUAAAUAUAUACGCCUUGCCGUGAAUGUGGUAACGAUAGAUGUAGUUAAAAGUCAUGUCUAAUCGAUGUUUAGAAAAUCUCAUUGUCUAAGUCCUGUUUAUCAAGUCUAACAAAUAUAUAUUGCUCAAAAUGAUGGAGUUUGUCUUCAAUGUAAUGUUAGAAAAAUAUCUCAAUUCAAUUCGAUUUUUGGCUAAAUUGAAUAAAGAAAUGAUCACUCAAUUUAAUUCGAUUUUUGGCUAAAUUGAAUAAAGAAAUGAUCACUCAAUUUAAUUCGAUUUUUAGCUAAAUUGAAUAAAGAAAUGAUCACUCGAAGACUGAUGAUAAACGCUUUGUAGUUCGACUUGUAUCUCGUAAAAAGUUAAUAUCGUAUACUUCAUCAAUAUGGGUGCGUAACUCCUAUCGGUUAUCACUAUACUAAUUGAUAUCCCAUGUUUGUUAACCGAGAUUAGUAUAAUAUCAAGAUUUGCGUUAAUCCUAUUGAUGCCAUGUUUUCCUGUAUUCUAUUACUUGCACUGCUUGUUCCAAGUUUGUGAUUCACUCUCCUAUCCUGUCUAUUAAUAUUGUAAAAUAUUAUAUAUCUCUAAAAUAAACUGUUUCUAAAUUCUAUAAAGUACUAUUUCUUCCUUUCUUACAUCCAUACAUACGUUUAAAUAAUUUAAUAAAUGUACUAUAAAAAUA